CACCGCUGAUAGCAGCGGCGCACGACUCGAGCGAGCCUCAGUAGUCAGGGACGGGCCAGGACAGACGCGAUCAUUAACUGCUCUUCCGCAAGCUCUCGCAAGCUCUCGGCGAAUACGAGCUUCUUUUGUCCGGGGAGUGAGAGAGGAACAGUGCGAAAGCGGAAGAGAGAGAGAGAGAGAGAGAGAGAGAGAGAGAGAGAGAGCUGAGUCUGUCUCUCGAAAGACGAUCAGCCAGUGCGCGAGGCUCCGAUACUUACUUAUACCUGCCGCGAAGCCAGUGCGUGUGACAGGUCUAGACCGCGCGAGUGUGCGAUUGAAAGUAAAGCUCUCUCGGAGGGAUAUAUCGUACGGGUCGAGAGCUAGUUUGGAUUCCAGGGAGAAUAAGCUGCUGAUGUGCGUGCAGCCACAGGUGGUGAUGAUCAUGCGACAGCUCUGAUUGCCCAGGGGCUUACAGAGCUUUUUCUCUCCCUCUGCAUUAUAAUUUUGCUGGAGAGAGAGAGAGAGAGAGAGAGAGUGAAAAGCUCCCGAUCCUCAUGCCAGCUGAACUUUUCGCUUCGUGAGUUGCAUUAGCCGCACAUAAACAACCUACACAUUUUACGCUUUACGCUCCAUUAAUCCUCGCACCCCCUUCUUUGUCAUCCCCCAUCAUCGAGCGUUUUCGUGUCUGUGCACGCGUAUUUCAUCGCUCCGAUCAAAAAUAAAAAAAAGCAGUUCACAGUUUCCGCGAACAGCCGUAUAAUCUCAGAGAGACCAUCUGCGCCAGCCCGGCGCUAACAGCCAAUAAUACAGAACUUAAUGAAUUGCCCUAAUUACGCUUCCCCUUCUCGCGACGUCUUCCUAUCUCGGAUCUUCCAAUCCCCGCGACACAAGACUCAGCGGAGCGUCCAAUAAACAGCACUUGCCCCGUCUCUGUCUGUCUCCGCAGCGUAAUGCAAUAAGCAGACGACGACUCUCUGCAGCCUGAGAGAGAGAGAGAGAGAGAGAGAGAGAGAGAGAGAGAGAAGAGAGAAAAAACAGACGCGUAGAGGGAUUAGAUAAGAAGCAAGAUGAGCGUGAGGAUGAAGCUGUCGUUCACCUCGCCGGUCGCCGACGAGCACGACAAGAGCUUCCUCGACGGAAGCGCCGGGGGAACGCUGGAUGAGAGAAAGGCGGCGUUUAAGAAGGACGAGGAGCUCAUGAAGGAGACCAGCAAGUUCGUCUCCGAGGUCAUCGAGACUGCCACUCUCGAGGCUAACCGAAGGGCCGAGCAAAACGCCAAAACCAGCGGAGAAAGUAACAAAUUCAGAGGCAGCCAGACGAUAACCGGCUGGAAUAACCGAGCACGUGGCUUCUGCAAUCGCGUCUGGAACGCGGUCUUUCCAUGUUUCAACAACAAUGAAUUGCUAGCCUGGACGCAACCGUUCCGGUAUCGCUUCACGAGACCUUAACCGACUGCUGCCGAGCGGAGUAGCUGAUCAAACUCUCCUGCCCGGGGGCUGUCUUCUCCCGAUUAACAGAGAAACGCGCACGAGUCGCCUACCACUACCUAUAUACUAUAUAUAUACCAUACGUGUACGUACCCCCCUUUGACAAUUGACGAGAAAUUCCGGGGACACAGAAACCGCGGACGCGUAUACGUGCGCCGCGCUCACACGAUCGACUGUUUAUUUGGAUUGCUCCGAUUGUCACCGAGAUCGCCGGCGAGGAAAUAUUUGAUUUAUUACUCUCGGCUCAAGCGCUCUACCGCGUGCAUACGUAUGCGUUGAUUUUUUUUCGAUUUUUCAUCUCCUAGGAUCCGCGAGCAGUGUGUAUUUUCUUAUGUAGGUGCGAGUGAAAGUUGGCGCGAGUAGGUGUAAAAAAUUACGAGAGAUUAUAUUUUGUUUAUAUACAUCCGAUAUAUAGGAUAUUAUAAAAGAACGAGAGGACUCGAGGUGGUACAUAACGUGUAAAAUUGGGUCACUCGGUGUAGCCUACUGCGCGCAUUUCCGUUUCUAUUUUAAUUAUUUUGCGGAGCUCUUCCAAUGGCGUCCACGAGCGGCAUUUCUCUCAUACACCACGUGUACCGAAUGACCCAAUUCCGGCUCCAACAAAAUAUAUAUUCUAAGCGACGAUUCUAACAAACCUGUAUAAUUACAAACUCUCGUACAUGUACAAGAUCGAACUCUACGAAGAAACGUCUCUCAGCAGAGCUGCAAUCACUUUGAGCGUGUAUUAUAGAAGCUAAUCCGACAUGCAAUAACGAGAAGGAAAGCUAUAACCGAAUCAAUCAAGAGAUACGAGUAUAAUGAAUUUAAAGUUAUAAGCAAAAAACGAGCAAGCUCCCAAAGUGUGUGUUUGGUCAAACCGUCUCUCGCGGCGGUGUAUAUAAAAGCGUCGAAAUAUCGAUUAUUCUGCGGAAAGCUAUUAUAGCCGUGAGGCUAUACACCUCGUUCGUACGUAGCGCAUUACGUCGUCGUCGUCGCUAACAAUGAUGCAUCACACGUCGCUCGGUAUACCUACCUCUUUUGAGCCGGCGCUAAGCGCAAAGGAUAUAAUAUUCAAAGAGAAAAACCGCGUACCGAGAACUCGCUUAUUACAAAUUCGGGCCCGCGAUAUGAAUUCUUCCGUACAAUACACACACCUGUACAUACGUGAUGCGCGACGACAAACGUAUUUACACACCUGCACAGAGAAGAUACGCAAUCUGGCAUAACGUAAUUCUUUUUCCGCGGCAUUAAUAAGCCGCGAGCGCGCGAAGGAAAAUCAAUAAUUCGGCGGCUUUUCGUUCGCAACGCCAUGUAGCGCCCUGUACUCCUCUCUGUACUGUAUACACCUCUAUUGCGCGCGUGAAUAAGGAACGCCCGCGAAUCGCGCCUCCUCUCCUGCAGCAGCUGUCCAAUCUUAUACAUACAUAUAUUCUUUUACGAGCUGACCAUGUACUCUCGACGUGAUUAUACCGAUGCGUGUAUAUUACAAAUAUGACAUACCUCGACAAAAGACUCUUCCUUAUCCGACGUCCGUGUUUCUAUGAUUAUAUAUUACUCUAAUCUCGUAUACACGUGUUUGGAUUGGGGCGGACCUAUUAUAACUCAGAGAUCAGAGGGACGAAAGUAUAAGGCUUGUAUACAAUUAUCUAUAGCUAUUAUUGUAUUUGCGAUUUUACUUCGUUUUUUGGAAGAGGCAGAGAGAUAUUCUUGCGUACUUCCUGUUGCGCCACGGUGCGAGAUAGCGACGUAUAGCUUUUUGUAUAACUUUUGUAUUCAGCGAUUGUUUCGUAACGUUUUUCAGUUGAGUCUGCGUUCGUAAUGAGACAAAAUUGCCAUUCGUUUCGCCGUAUAGCGUAUGUAGACACUCGAUUUACGUAUAUUAUUAUACAGAGAAGAAAGAGGGACGACACGCGCGCAAAUCAAUUAGGGAUUCCCCGCAUACACGAUGGGAUCAAAAGACGAGAGCGACAAUCACCGAUAUGUAAGUCAUAGUAAGUGUGUAUGAUGUUAAUCGAUUAGGUAUGGAUAUUUUGUUAUACUCGAUGUACGUCGACGAAAAAAAAGAAAAAUACUCUGAAAGGAUCAUCAUUUUUCGUAUCUACAACUCUUAACGAUCUUGCUUUCUAGCGGUGUAGAGAGUAUAAUAUGUGUAUCAUAAACAUGAGCAUAAUGAAUUUUAAAUCGUUGUACAGUGUAUAGCUAAAUAUAUUUAAAGAGAAUAAGAGCA